AUGACGGAUCCUCUGAAAACGCUAGAAACCGAACCCCGCUAUUGCGAGACCAGCAUUUCCCGGAAGGCCUUUCCAAUUGCGGGAAUCCAGACAACAGUAUUCGGCCUUGAUGAACUCCCUCCUCAAGCAUCAGAGAUUGCUUGUCUCUGGUUACUGCACCCUCGGCUUGCAGCAUUUGAGCGCAUGGUCCCAAUUGCUACCGCAGUGAUCAAUGACUGGAACAAGCGGACUAAGACUGGCCAUGCGGGCUCCAGAGUGUCAAUCAAGGGCCUGAUAGCCGUAGCCUUUGACCAGAGAAAUCAUGGAACGAGAUUGGUUGACCCUUUGUGCAAUGAGUCGUGGAAGAAGGGUAACCCACGACAUGCUCAGGAUAUGUUUUCCGUCUUCCAGGGCACCGCGCGAGACACUUCUCUCUUGAUGGACUAUCUUCCAGCCUUUGUCUUCCCCAAGACUGACCGACGAAUUACCGAAAAUCUUGUCCUUGGGGUAUCACUCGGGGGCCACGCAGCCUGGAGCUGCAUUCUGCAUGAACCUCGCAUCUCCACUGGCAUCGUUAUUAUCGGCUGCCCCGAUUAUGCGAACGUGAUGGCCGAUCGCGCUCGUCUCUCCAAACUCCCUUCAUGGAAGGAUACAACCCCGGAGGGCGCUCAGUUCCUGGGGUCGGAGGACUUUCCUUCCACCCUUCUGGAUGCGGUCCGCAAAUGGGACCCUGCGGGCCUGUUCCUAAACCAUUUAGACCUCAGUCGAGAGGCGGAGCCUAUUCGCAGUGCGCCAAUCCCAGAACCCACGGAGACCCAGAAAACCGCCUUGCGGCCAUUGUUUACGCAGUGCUUAGCUGGAAAGAAGAUCCUCAACUUAUCCGGAGGCAAAGACAAGUUGGUGCCGUACAGCAAAGGGGAGACGUUUUUGACUUGGCUAAAACAGGCGGUUGGGCCUGAUGGUUGGUUCGCAGAUGGUGCUGUCACCCUUGAGGAUAUUAUUGACCAGAACGCGGCACAUGAGGUGACGCCAAAGAUGGUUGAUCAAGCGGUUCGGUUCAUUGGGGACGCCCUUGCUUGUGGCAAAGACGAGGUCAAGAAAGCUUCUGUGAGAGACUCCAAGAUUUAG